AUGAUUUAUAAUCGCCAAUUGUAUUCUUCUGCCACCAAUCUUUUCAAACUCACCCAUCAAUUCUCACUUCUCUCCCGCGCUCAUUCGUUGGUUUCCCCACUACCCUUUACCCGAAAGCUAACGUUUUUGGCCUCUUCGUCGAGAUUCGCCCACACCCCACGUUUGUGCAAUGGCUCAAAUCUUGUGGGGAUGAGAGUCAUGAGAUAUUAUUGCCAUGACAGUGGUGGGUCUAGGGAGUGGACUGAAGAAAUUGAGUACUUGGAUGAAUCUGGUGGUGUUAUUUACAAGGGUAAGGGUGUGAGGUCUGUCGAGCCUGGAGUUGAUGAUCAUGUGAUGGUGGGUGAGGUGAAGAAGCCCUUUGUGAAUGCCGUGGCUGUAGCAAAAAUUGUUGAGGUUGUGAAAAGGUGGAAGUGGGGGCCAGAACUGGAGACUCAAUUGGACAAGCUGCAGUUUGUGCCCAACAUGACUCACAUUGCUCAAGCACUGAAACUUGUUGGUGAUGCUGAUGCUUGUUUGAGUUUGUUUAGGUGGGCCAAGAGGCAAGCUUGGUAUGCCACAAGUGAUGAAUGUUAUGUAAUGUUGUUUGAUGAGUUGAAUCAAAAGAGAGAUUUUGAGGGGAUUCAGUUGUUGUUUGAUGAGAUGGUUGGUGAUUCGGCUGAUGGGGUUUCCUUGUUUGCGGCGUGUAAUAGGGUGAUUCGGUACUUGGCUAAGGCGGAGAAGUUAGAGGUGUCGUUUUGCUGCUUCAAGAAAAUACUGGAUGCUGGUUGUAAAGUUGAUACUGAGACGUAUAAUUCGCUCGUUACUUUGUUUUUGAACAAGGGUUUGCCUUACAAGGCGUUUGAAAUGUAUGAGAGCAUGGAGAAAGCUGGCUGUUCGUUGGAUGGUUCGACAUAUGAAUUGAUGAUCCCGAACUUGGCUAAGUCAGGGCGUCUUGAUGCUGCUUUCAAACUCUUCCAAGAAAUGAAAGAGAGAGGUUUUCGCCCCUGUUUGAGCGUCUUUGUGUCUCUUGUUGAUUCUAUGGGGAAGGCGGGCAGGUUGGACAGUGCAAUGAAAGUAUACAUGGAGAUGCGAGGUUAUGGGUACAAGCCACCCCCUACUAUAUAUGUUUCUUUGAUUGAGUCUUAUGUGAAGUCUGGGAAGUUAGAAACUGCUCUAAGGCUUUGGGAUGAGAUGAGGAUGGCAGGUUUCAGGCCUAACUUUGGGUUGUAUACUUUGAUCAUUGAAUCCCACGCAAAAUCAGGCAAGCUUGACAUUGCUAUGUCUACAUAUUUAGAUAUGGAGAAAGCAGGGUUUCUACCCACCCCAUCUACAUAUUCUUGUCUAUUGGAAAUGCAUGCUGCAUCUGGACAAAUUGAUCCCGCCAUGAAAUUGUACAAUUCAAUGACUAAUGCAGGUUUAAGGCCUGGCCUAAGCACUUACACCGUGCUUUUGACUCUACUAGCUAAUAAGAAGCUGGUGGAUGUGGCUGCCAAAAUUCUACUUGAAAUGAAGGCCAUGGGAUAUUCUGUGGAUGUGACAGCUAGUGAUGUUUUGAUGGUGUAUAUUAAGGAAGGUUCGGUUGAUCUUGCUUUGAGGUGGCUGCGUUUCAUGGGUUCAUCUGGGAUCAGAACCAAUAAUUUUAUUAUCAGGCAGUUGUUCGAGUCAUGCAUGAAGAGUGGGUUAUAUGAAUCAGCCAAGCCACUUCUGGAAACAUAUGUUAACUCUGCUGCUAAAGUUGAUUUGAUACUUUACACCUCCAUUUUGGCUCAUCUUGUUAGGUGUCAGGAAGAGAAAAAUGAGAGGCAUUUAAUGUCUAUUCUCAGUUCUACAAAACAUAAGGCGCACACUUUUAUGUGUGGACUUUUCACGGGCCCAGAACAUAGGGGACAACCGGUGUUAUCUUUUGUCCGAGAAUUCUUUCAAGGUAUUGAUUAUGAAUUGGAGGAGGGUGCUGCUAAGUACUUUGUCAAUGUUCUUCUCAAUUACCUAGUUCUCAUGGGGCAGAUAAAUCGAGCUCGAUGUGUUUGGAAGGUUGCUUAUGAGAAUAAACUUUUCCCAAAGGCUAUAGUCUUUGAUCAGCACAUUGCUUGGUCUCUUGAUGUUAGAAACUUGUCAGUUGGCGCCGCUCUUAUUGCAGUAGUGCAUACUCUUCAUAGAUUCAGAAAGCGCAUGUUAUAUUAUGGCAUUGUGCCAAGACGGAUAAAAUUGGUUACUGGAGCAACUCUUAAGAUUGUGAUUGCACAGAUGCUGAGCUCUGUAGAGUCCCCUUUUGAGGUGAGUAAAGUGGUUCUUAGGGCAUCAGGAGAUUCAGUCAUGGAGUGGUUUAAGAAACCAAUUGUUCAGCAGUUUCUUCUGAAUGAAAUUCCAUCUAGGUCUGAUAUUCUAAUGCACAGGAUGAACAUACUUUUCCCUAGUUCUGCACCUGAAGUUAGAUCUCUAUCUCCUCCUAAGCCUCUCAUUGCAGGCAGGACAAUGUAA